GAUGGCGAUCCUACGGCUAUAAGAAAAGGGGGAAAUCUUAUCAUCAGAGCCGUGAGCGCUGAGACGGAAGCUCAGACGCCAGCGAUAGAAGGCAGCGACUCGCACAGCUCCGGCGGCCAUGGCGUUGGCUUCUCGCCUUCUCUCUCGAUCCAGACAGUUGUAUGCUGGCCAAGUUGCCCUGUCUCAUGAAUACGCUGUAUCCGUACGCUCCUAUGCCAAAGAAGCUGCUCCACCUAAACUACCUCCCCUUAAGGGUGAUGAGAUGCUGAAGAACAUCUUCUAUGAGGUGAAGAACAAAUUUGAGACAGCCCUUGGAAUACUACGAAAGGAAAAGAUCACAAUUGACCCUGAUGAUCCUGCAGCUGUGUCUCAGUAUGCCAAGGUUAUGAAGACUGUUAGAGAAAAGGCGGACUUAUUCUCAGAGUCUCAACGAAUUAAAUACACCAUUGAACAACAGACAAAAGGCAUUCCUGAUGCUCGGACAUAUUUGUUGAUGCUACAAGAGAUACGAAUCAAGAGUGGCCUCACUGAUGACCUAGGUGCUGAGGCUAUGAUGAUGGAAGCAUUAGAAAAGGUUGAGAAAGAGAUUAAGAAGCCUCUUAUGAGGUCUGACAAGAAGAACAUGGGUCUACUGUUAGCUGAGUUUGACAAGAUCAACAAAAAACUUGGCAUUAAAAAGGAAGACCUUCCCAAGUAUGAGGAAGAGCUGGAACUGAAAAUCGCUAAAGAGCAGUUGCAGGAGCUAAAGAAGGACGCCCUGGAGGCAAUGGAGACCCAGUUGAAGAGGGAGGAAUUUAAGGAUGAGCAGAUGGUUGAUGUGAAAUCACUGGACAUACGGAACUUCUUGUGAGAUUUUAUGUCUUCUACAAUCCAAAUCCCAAGGUUUUUAUCUCUUUCUUUGUCUUCCCUGAUAUUUCUAAAGAGUGUGUUGCUACUAGCAGCGAUAUUGGUGAAAUGCUGUUAACUGGCUUUGUUUAGUUUGUAAUAAUAUAGCAGCCAAAUAACCGUCUGUUGUGCCUCUCUGCACCCGAUUAUUGGUUUUUUUGGUUCAGAUAUGGUGCCUUCAAAACAUAAUUUUGGGAUUUUUUUUUUCCCGGACUUGUGGGCCAGUGAUCCAAAAAUACAUAAAAAUCUGGACCUUCCUUUUAUCUAA